AUGGCGGCAUGUGAGAGACAGGAUACGAGAGCAGCCUACCCAACCAGCAACUCAAUAUACGCCGAGGGUGUCCUCGCUCCAGACGUUCUCGUGCUUACCGGCCAAGUUAUCACAUCUGAGACGGCAUUGGAAUUACCUCUGUACAUCCUGAGCCAUCCCGUCACCACCGCUCCGCCUCUUAAGCCCAGCGGCACGGAUUACAUUAUCCUCACACGGACCUCCGCUCCGCCUCAGCCGCUUUUUCAUCUCACGCGCCAGUGCAGACAACCUGUGACUUCUUUCAUGCCCUCUCCCACUAUUACUACAGCAGAAAGGAUGCCUCCGCCGCCUCUUCCAGCUUCACACCCUUCUCUCCCACCACCACCAACAUCAUACUACCUUACCUCCCUGUCAGCGUCACUGCUGGGCAACAUUCACCUAGAAACACCACCACCACAGCAACAACAGACACCUCCACCAUCAUCCUCCUCGUCCUCCUCCUCCUCCUUCCCCUUAUCAACCUCACUAUCCCGCCCCCCAGCAUGCUUAAGCGCACUCCUCCACCCAGGCCGAACAGCCACAGACGUCAACCCCGAACACUCCGAUCCCAACCCCGUCUUCUUCGCCUGGAUGCGCAUGCGCUGGCUGAGCCGCGACGAGUACAACUAUCUAGACGCUACCGGGCGGCAGGUCGCGUGCGAGGAGGUCAUCGCGGGCGAUGGGCCCGCUACCUGGAGGCUAGUCGUCACGAGGGCGCUCCCCAGGGCGCUGCGGGACUCUUUGGUGGCCAUGUGGUGUCUGCGGGUGUGGAUGGGAGUUUGUGAAGGUUGGGAAGUAGGAGGAGGAGGUGGUGGUGGUGGUGGUGGUGGGAGUGCAAGUGGCGAGAGGGAACAGCAACAACAACAGAGAAUGAAGCCUGGCCUGGUGCCGAGGGCGGAUGUGACGCUUGCGUAUAGGUAUCAGCGUUGA